UGAACCUACUGAAGUUACUGUAGAGUGUCAGGGUCUGGUUAUGGAUCGUCUAAAUACCAUGCUGAAUUAUCUGAUGGACGACAAAAUGAUGGCUUUUGUUUCACAAGAGGACAAGGAGAAGGCCAUGAGGAGCAUCUUUUCAGCAUUGGGAUCUGUCAUGGAGGCUGCAGGUUCUAAUGGUUUUUACCCUACAUUAACUGAACUGAAAGCAACUCAGAAAGAAAAAUCCUGGUUUAAGUAUGACACAUCACUCACAGCCACUGAGGAUCCCUUAAAUUUAGAUGUGGAGUCUGCCAGAAGUGAUGAUGAGGCUCUGAAGUAUCACACAAGGAAUGUCCAUAAAGCUGUGUAUGCAGAUACAGUUAAAGCAAUCAACCAACAGACUGAUGCCAUGCUUCAGAAACUGGCCAAACUAUUCAGCAGUUUUGCCAUACCUGGCCAGUGGCAGAACUCUACCACCAGCAGGCUCAAGUACACCAUGCAGAAAAACUUUGCCAGCAAGUUUGCUGGGGCCAGCGUCCAGCCUCCCAACUCUGACGCAACCAUCCUUUUCCCAAACACAACUGCGGAUUUGUUUCCUAGCAACUUCCAGGCCAUGAAAAAUCAAGUUGUCACUUUUCAGCUUUCUCAAACCACCAACUACCCUGACCGCUACACUCCUGUGGCCCUUGAGGGCAUCUAUUCCUACACACAUUUCCUCAACAUUGAGCUGUAUGACAGCAGUGGUCAGCCUCUUAAAAUAGAAAAUACAACUAAACCAAUCAAGAUCACCAUCCCCCAUGACAGCCAAGGACCACGUGGUGGGAUAAAACCCAUCAGAGGUAUUGUCACUGGAUGGAAUCUGUUCCAGCUACAUCAGACGGAGACCAAAUCUCAUGGCUCAUCCAUACACUUACGUUUCCAGCUUGCUGCAGGGACACAAUUGCUGGUAGUGGUGAGAUAUGGAGAGGUACCAGACCCAGCCAACAAUCUCACAGACUUUAUAUUUGUUGUCCCACCAACUGUCCCUCCCAGCCCUAAACUCAAAGACCCUUACACCAUCUUGAUUGACAAUGUAGCUGUAGCAGGAAGAAAAGGGAAGUGGUAUAUUGGCACCAGAGAGAGAAACGCCACCUACAGGAACACACCGGCACCGACCAAUCAAGAAAUUGUGGAGAGAUACAAGAAAGGAGCCGGGGAGUUUAUUAAUGAUUACAACUUAACUAUCUGGACUAGCGGAUGUUUCUUCCACACUGUGAAUGCUUCAGACUGGAGCAACAAAGGAUGUGUUGUGAGCAGUGAGUCAAGCCAAGAGAAAACAGUUUGCCUGUGCAACCACUUGACCACGUUUGCUGGGGGGUUCAUUGUGGUGCCCAAUGUCAUAGACUGGAACUACGUCUUCGCCCACGCUGACUUCCUCUCCAACCCAACCUUGUACCUGACGGAGAUAUUCAUCGCUGUCAUCUUCUCCAUCGCAUUCUUCUUGGCUCGACGCAAGGACAAGAGAGACAUGAGCUUGCUUGGACUGGCCCCUCUAGCAGACAAUGACCCUAGGGACAAGUACUACUAUGAGAUCAUUGUAUCCACGGGCAUGAGAAGAAACGCAGGCACAGACUCCAAGGUUUUCUUUAUACUCUCUGGAGAAGAUGAGGAAUCAGAUGUGAGGGUAUUCACUGACACAAAAAGACCAAUUUUUAAAAAAGGAAUGACCAAUGGUUUUCUCAUGGCUACUCCAGAGUGUUUGGGCCGCAUCAACUACAUGAGGGUGUGGCAUGACAACAGUGGUAAGGGCAAGUUUGGCUCCUGGUUCCUCAACUACAUCACAGUCAGAGACCUGCAGACCGAUGUCAAGCAGGUUUUUAUUGCCAACCGCUGGUUCGCUUUGGAGGAAGAUGAUGGCCAGAUUGACAGAAUCAUCCCACUGGCUGGGAAAGAACAACUUCAGGACUUCAGCUACCAAUUUUCAGAGCGCAGCAAGAAAAAUCUGGCCGAUGGUCACCUGUGGUUCUCAGUGGUGGCGCGUCCACCGGGCAGUCGCUUCACCUGUGUCCAGAGGGUGGCGUGUUGUCUGUGUCUGCUCUUCAUGACCAUGCUGACCAAUGCCAUGUUCUACAACACAUCUGGCAGCACCUCAACCAGCGCUUCGACGUCCUUUGAGUUUGGACCUUUUUCACUCAGUGUCUCUCAGAUCUUCAUUGGGUUUAUCAGCACAGUGAUUGUAUUUCCUGUCAACUUCCUGCUAGUGUUUUUAUUCCGCAAAGCACAGCCCCGACACAAAAGGCCAUCUCGUGUUCAGCUGGCUCUAGCAGGGGACACCAGGCCAGGAACAGCAAAACUCAGUCAAGUUAACCCACAGAUGGAUUCUGAGUUUACCCGCUCCACUACCAGUCUGGCUACUACGGUAUCUAUGCCAGAUGCAAGGAGUGACAAAGAAAAAUUAGUCAAGGAUGGAGCAGGCCCCUCCUCCCCCAUCCCAAGUGAAAGCCCCUCAUCCAGCACUGUGAGUGCUAAAAAGAAAUCCCUGCAGCUCCCCUGGUGGUGCCAGAUUGUGGCCUGGGUUAUUCUUGUACUCUGUACCAUCAUGUCUGUGGCCCUUGUUACAUUUUAUGGCAUCUCAUUCCAGGAUUCGACCUGCAAGAAGUGGAUUACUUCCCUUAUUAUAUCUUUCUUCACAUCAGUAUUCAUCACUCAGCCAAUCAAGGUGAUACUGACAGCCAUCUUCCUGUCACUGAUCAUCAGAAACCCUGGAGAGGAUGAAGAUGAUGAGGAAUCUGAUGAAGAAACUUACCCCAUCAAUACAGAGGAUGGUUUCAUGCAUACAGACAUAGAUGGAAGCUUUGCAGCAGCUCGGCCUAAAAAAGUUGGCUACAAACCUCCAAAUCCCAAAGAGAUAGAAAGAAUGAGAGAAAUCCGUCUAAAAGAAGUGAAAAUGUGGGGUGUGAUCAGGGAGAUACUGUUCUACAGCAUGUUCCUGUGGAUUCUACUCAUCAUUACACACAGGAGCAGAGGGCCGGACAACUGGCGAUACAAGAACACAAUGGACAGGACAUUUAUUGAAUGCAUGGACUACAAACCUAAGUUUACUGAUAUUGGAAACAUUGAUGAUUUCUGGAAGUGGAUUGAAACAUCCUUCCUCAGUGGAAUCAUGGCCAGUUCUUACUACAACGACUAUCCCCCACUGAGACUCAGAAGCUACGUCAAUGACAAGUCGUCAAGAAUUCUGGGACAUGCAACAAUGAGGCAGCUGAGAGUCAAAGCUGACCAGUGUGAAGUGCCUAAACCCUUUAGGAAUAUGAUCCAUGAGUGCAAUGUGCCGUACACCAUAUUUGACCAGGAGGAUCGGGACUUUGAUGUUGGCUGGACUGAGCUCGGACCAAACAAGACAGGGGUCAAGAACUCUGGCUAUACCUGGUCUACUGCUGAAUCUCUCAAUAGCUACCCCUACUUGGGAUCAUCCACACUCUACUCAGGUGGAGGCUAUGUGGUGCAUCUGACAGGCUCUAGAACACAACUCAAUGAUACCUUCAAGAGGCUGCAAACUGAGAACUGGAUUGACCGUUACACCAGAGUUGUUUUUAUUGAGUUUACUGUCUACAACCCACAGAUAAAUUUAUUCUCUGUCAACACCAUGCUGAUAGAACUGGACAUUGCCAAUGGACUUCAGCCAUCUUACCGCUUUGAGCCUGCUAUGUUGUUGCCGUAUAUGGACAAUGCCAUGAUAUUCCAGAUUGUUUGCGAGGCGGUGUUUGUCAUCUAUAUCAUUGUGUUUAUAGUCAUAGAGAUCAGACAGUUCAUCAAGCUGAAGGGCCAAUAUUUCUUCCAGUUCUGGACGUGGAUGGAGCUGUCCACCAUUGGUUGCUCUAUUGGGGCUAUAGUCAUCUACUUCUACAGGAUGUUUGAAACCAACAAGCUUUUGAAGCAAGUCAAGUCCCGCGUAUAA